CAUGAUAGGGUCACCUUAGGGUUGCCAUAAGUCCAAAUCAACUUGAAGGCACACGACAACAAUAUAAUACACAAUACUUGAUCCCCAGUUUGCAGGGGAGCAUUCAGAGCCACUGUCAUUCUCAUCCAGGCUUAAGUAUCUUUGUUCGGGAAGGAGUUGUGGAUUAUACUACUGCAAAUGCAUUUUUAACAAACCUAUAGUCCAGGUAAUGUAUUGCAAAUACGUUCCAGAUCUGCGUGUUGCAAAUACAUUCCACUUUGAUCCAGAUCUGUGUACUGUAAGGGUUCUAGGUUAUUGUGUUUUGGUCCCACGGUCCGGAUUAUGUAUUGCAAACGCAUUCUAAUUUUGUUUAAACAGGUACAGUCCAGUAUUGCAAAUCCAUUCUCUUUUGUUUUUGAACCACAGUCUGGAUCGGUGUAUUGCAAAUCCAUCCUAUUUUUCCUCCUCUUAACUAACUCUUAACCUUCCUCAGAGACUCCCUUGCCGUCUCAGCUUUGGCGGUUGUCCCCCUCUCGCGCCUCUCCAAGCGCCAGGAGGGCAUGUUUGACAAUCCUGGGCUGUUUGUUCUCCCUGAGGUCAUCAUCCUUGAGGUUUUGCAACUCGUGGAAGCCCAAAAAAAAGAGUGGCUCUUGAGUCCAGGUGCCCACCCCGCAUGCCCGGGCCUCGCCCAGCCUUUGGAUGCCAGCCCAGGCGUGCUUAGACAGCUUAGAAGUGGGUGCCACAAACAGAGAGAAAUCACAUGGAUGGAUGGCAGAGGAAGGGAGGGCAUUAGGAAGCAGGAGAACAAGACACAGAGAUAGAAGCUGGAGAGGAGAGGAGGGGCUGAAGUCAUCCCAGCCCCACCUUAUGGGCCUUUCAAUCCUUUCUGGGGUGGAGUAAGGGGAAGAAAGGCCAAAGUGGGUCUGAGUCAACCUUUCCUAACUGGAAGCUAAGAUUGCUCAUCUCCCAAUUCCUUGGAGUGGCCACUUUCCAUACGGAUGACACGUUGAGGAGGCUCUGGUUUCAUCUUCACAACAAACCUGCCAGGAUGACCCGCAACCCCAUCUAUGACUAUCCGGAGCCCUAUGCCAACCCUCGGAGUGGGGUACCAUCCUCUCCCCGGAAGAUAAGCCUUGUGGGCCGGCUGCGGCUGACCCAACCGGUUUGGCUCCAGCUGGGCAUCAAUUCGGCCACUGCCCUCCACAUCUUGCAGCGGGAACCACCCGGGACGUUUCUGGUGCGGAGAUCCAACACGCGGCGAUGUCAAGUCCUCAGUCUGCGUCUGCCAGACAACUCAUCGCCAGCGUUUGUGACGACUUAUCGCUUGCGCCAGGAGCGGGCAGUGGCCUUUCUGGAGGGCUCCGAACUCACCUUCCCCAGCCUUUUGCAUCUCAUCGCCUCCUAUUGCUCAGCCCCGGACGUCCUUCCGCUGCCUUUAUGUCUUCCGCGGCCCAUUUGGGAGGCUUCAUCUUGCCAGCAGUUGGAGGCCAUUGCACACCUGGGACUUGAAUUCUGGAAUUCGUCUCUCAACGCUAAGGACUUCAGCAAGCCGGCUCCGUUGGUGUUGCCGCCUAUGGAGGACGCGGACUCUCCGCUUGAACCCAUGGCAGACCCCAAUGUGUGGGACCCCACAGAGCCAGCAUCUGGGAGAUCCGGCCAAACCUGGGGCUUUGCACAUCUGCCAUCUGACGGAGCGCGGCACAGAGACGUGGAUGCCCGGCGCCAGCACUUCAAGACCAACGUCAAGGUGCAAGUGUCAACGGAGGCCGCAAGCCCGUUGUCCCCACCAGCCGCCCCGCCACCCCCCCAUCCCCGUCGGGAAGAAAAUCCGAAAGCAGUCCCCUGGCUCCGACGGGAGAAGCCAUUCCUCCAGUCAUCGUCCAUUGCCUCAAGGAGUAACAAAGUUGGAAGCCUAUUGCGUGCCUCGGAGCAAGGAGAAGGAACCUGGCGGUGAAUCCGAAACCGCGGCGAACCCUGUCCUCUCUUCUGGACCUCUCCGGAGUGUUAUGGAAGAGGAGCAGCGAGAGUUGCAUGGCCCAGCAUCCACGCCGGGCCAUUUUCCGUGGGAUUUCACAGCGCAAGGAAGAGGCGAACUGGGCAACGGAGUAAGAAACCGCACACUUUCCUCCUCUGCACCAUCAUGAGCCAUUGCUGACACUGGGUUUGUGGGGAUUUCAGUGCCAAGGCUCCCAGGUUUCUCCCCAAAGACAGAGUGAUGAAGUAGGCUUAUCCAAGUCUUGGAAGGGAACAGUGUUUGGGACCUGGGUCGCUUUAUUUGCUUGAGAAGAAUGGCACGAAGGUGGCUGCUGUGUGCGGAUUCUCCUAUUCUUGCCAUGCAUUGCAAAUAUAUUGUUUUCUAUCUUCGAACCAGUGUUGCUUAGUGUCAGACCAGGCUCACGUUCCCCAAAAUCACCAGGGUUAUGAGGUUCAAAGGAGAAAGAGGUCAGGGUCUUCUGUGUCUCUCAUUGGAAAUUCUCAGAGCCAAUAAGGGAUCCAUCUUAAAUAAUGAGAGCCAGGAUCCUCUAUCAGGGUGUAUCUUAAAUAGCUUUACAUAGGAGUUUAUAUCUUGGAAAAAUCACGUAAUUGAACGAAAUGAUUUCACACGACGUCACGCAAAACCCGCCAUUAAAGGGGUCACAAAGAAGCAUUAAAGCGCAUCUUUUUACUUUUGGGAUUUCAGCGACGAUGCAUU